AUGGGGGGAAGCAGAGAAGGGGAUGGGGGAAAGCAGGGAAGGGGAUGGGGGGAAGCAGAGAAGGGAAUGGGGGGAAGCAGAGAAGGGGAUGGGGGGAAGCAGGGAAUGGGAUGUGGGGAAGCAGAGAAGGGGAUGGGGGGAAGCAGAGAAGGGGAUGGGGGAAAGCAGAGAAGGGGAUGGGGGGAAGCAGUGAAGGGGAUGGGGGGAAGCAGAGAAGGGGAUGGGGGGAAGCAGGAAAUGGGAUCACGGAAGGGGAUGGGAGGAAGCAGAGAAGGGGAUGGGAGGAAGCAGGGAAGGCGAUGGGGGGAAGCAGAGAAGAGUAUGGGGGGAAGCAGAGAAGGGGAUGGGGGAAAGCAGGGAAGGGGAUGGGGGGAAGCAGAGAAGGGAAUGGGGGGAAGCAGGGAAGGGGAUGGGGGGAAGCAGGGAAUGGGAUGUGGGGAAGCAGAGAAGAGGAUGGGGGGAAGCAGAGAAGGGGAUGGGGGAAAGCAGGGAAGGGGAUGGGGGGAAGCAGUGAAGGGAAUGGGGGGAAGCAGAGAAGGGGAUGGGGGGAAGCAGGGAAUGGGAUGUGGGGAAGCAGAGAAGGGGAUGGGGGGAAGCAGAGAAGGGGAUGGGGGAAAGCAGGGAAGGGGAUGGGGGGAAGCAGUGAAGGGAAUGGGGGGAAGCAGAGAAGGGGAUGGGGGGAAGCAGGGAAUGGGAUGUGGGGAAGCAGAGAAGGGGAUGGGGGGAAGCAGAGAAGGGGAUGGGGGAAAGCAGGGAAGGGGAUGGGGGGAAGCAGAGAAGGGAAUGGGGGGAAGCAGGGAAGGGGAUGGGGGGAAGCAGGGAAUGGGAUGUGGGGAAGCAGAGAAGAGUAUGGGGGGAAGCAGAGAAGGGGAUGGGGGAAAGCAGGGAAGGGGAUGGGGGGAAGCAGGGAAGGGGAUGGGAGGAAGCAGGGAAGGGAAUGGUGGGAAGCAGGGAAGGGGAUGGGGGGAAGCAGGGAAGGGGAUGGGGGGAAGCAGAGAAGGGGAUGGGAGGAAGCAGAGAAGGGGAUGGGGGGAAGCAGGGAGGGGAUGGGGGGAAGCAGGGAAGGGGAUGGGGGGAAGCAGGGAAGGGGAUGGGGGGAAGCAGGGAAGAGGAUGGCGGAAAGCAUGGAAGGAGAUGGGGGGAAGCAGGGAAGGGGAUGGGGGGAAGCAGAGAAGGGGAUGGGGGGAAGCAGAGAAGGGGAUGGGGGGAAGCAGGGAAGGGUAUGGGGGGAAGCAGGGAAGGGGAUGGGGGGAAGCAGGGAAGGGGAUGGGGGGAAGCAGAGAAGGGGAUGGGGGGAAGCAGGGAAGGGGAUGGGGGGAAGCAGGGAAGGGGAUGGCGGGAAGCAGGGAAGGGGAUGGGGGGAAGCAGGAAAGGGGAUGGGGGGAAGCAGGGAAGGGGAUGGGGGAAAGAAGAGAAAGGGAUGGGGGGAAGCAGAGAAGGGGAUGGGGGAAAGCAGAGAAGGGGAUGGGGGGAAGCAGUGAAGGGGAUGGGGGGAAGCAGGGACGGGGAUGGGGGGAAGCAGGGAAGGGGAUGAGGGGAAGCAGGGAAGAGGAUGGCGGAAAGCAUGGAAGGAGAUGGGGGGAAGCAGGGAAGGGGAUGGGGGGAAGCAGAGAAGGGGAUGGGGGGAAGCAGAGAAGGGGAUGGGGGGAAGCAGGGAAGGGGAUGGGGGGAAGCAGGGAAGGGGAUGGGGGGAAGCAGAGAAGGGGAUGGGGGGAAGCAGGGAAGGGGAUGGGGGGAAGCAGGGAAGGGGAUGGCGGGAAGCAGGGAAGGGGAUGGGGGGAAGCAGGAAAGGGGAUGGGGGGAAGCAGGGAAGGGGAUGGGAGGAAGCAGAGAAGGGGAUGGGAGGAAGCAGAGAAGGGGAUGGGGGGAAGCAGGGAAGGGGAUGGGGGGAAGCAGGGAAGGGGAUGGGGGGAAGCAGGGAAGGGGAUGGGGGGAAGCAGGGAAGAGGAUGGCGGAAAGCAUGGAAGGAGAUGGGGGGAAGCAGGGAAGGGGAUGGGGGGAAGCAGAGAAGGGGAUGGGGGGAAGCAGAGAAGGGGAUGGGGGGAAGCAGGGAAGGGGAUGGGGGGAAGCAGGGAAGGGGAUGGGGGGAAGCAGAGAAGGGGAUGGGGGGAAGCAGGGAAGGGGAUGGGGGGAAGCAGGGAAGGGGAUGGCAGGAAGCAGGGAAGGGGAUGGGGGGAAGCAGGAAAGGGGAUGGGGGGAAGCUGGGAAGGGGAUGGGGGAAAGAAGAGAAAGGGAUGGGGGGAAGCAGAGAAGGGGAUGGGAGGAAGCAGGGAAGGGAAUGGUGGGAAGCAGGGAAGGGGAUGGGGGGAAGCAGGGAAGGGGAUGGGGGGAAGCAGAGAAGGGGAUGGGAGGAAGCAGAGAAGGGGAUGGGGGGAAGCAGGGAAGGGGAUGGGGGGAAGCAGGGAAGGGGAUGGGGGGAAGCAGGGAAGGGGAUGGGGGGAAGCAGGGAAGAGGAUGGCGGAAAGCAUGGAAGGAGAUGGGGGGAAGCAGGGAAGGGGAUGGGGGGAAGCAGAGAAGGGGAUGGGGGGAAGCAGGGAAGGGGAUGGGGGGAAGCAGGGAAGGGGAUGGCGGGAAGCAGGGAAGGGGAUGGGGGGAAGCAGGAAAGGGGAUGGGGGGAAGCAGGGAAGGGGAUGGGGGAAAGAAGAGAAAGGGAUGGGGGGAAGCAGAGAAGGGGAUGGGGGAAAGCAGAGAAGGGGAUGGGGGGAAGCAGUGAAGGGGAUGGGGGGAAGCAGGGAAGGGGAUGAGGGGAAGCAGGGAAGGGGAUGGGGGGAAGCACGGAAGGGGAUGGGGAGUAGCAGGGAAGGGGAUGGGGGAAAGCAGAGAAGGGGAUGGUGGGAAGCAGGGAAGGGGAUGGGGGAAAGCAGAGAAGGGGAUGGGGGGAAGCAGGGAAGGGGAUGGGGGGAAGCAGGGAAGGGGAUGGGGGAAAGCAGGGAAGGGGAUCGGGGGAAGCAGAGAAGGGAAUGGGGGGAAGCAGAGAAGGGGAUGGGGGGAACCAGGGAAGGGGAUGGGGGGAAGCAGGGAAGGGGAUGGGGGAAAGAAGAGAAGGGGAUGGGGGGAAGCAGAGAAGGGGAUGGGGGAAUGCAGAGAAGGGGAUGCGGGGAAGCAGUUAAGGGGAUGGGGGGAAGCAGGGAAGGGGAUGGGGGGAAGCAGGGAAGGGGAUGGGGGAAAGCAGGGAAGGGGAUGGGAGGAAGCAGAGAAGGGGAUGGGGGGAAGCAGAGAAGUGGAUGGGGGGAAGCAGUGGAGGGGAUGGGGGGAAGCAGGGAAGGGGAUGAGGGGAAGCAGGGAAGCGGUUGGGGGGAAGCAGGGAAGGGGAUGGGGGGAAGCAGAGAAGGGGAUGGGGGGAAGCAGGGAAGAGGAUGGGGGGAAGCACGGAAGGGGAUGGGGGGUAGCAGGGAAGGGGAUGGGGGGAAGCAGAGAAGGGGAUGGGGGGAAGCAGGGAAGGGGAUGGGGGGAAGCAGGGAAGGGGAUGGGGGGAAGCAGGGAAGGGGAUGGGGGGAAGCAGGGAAGGGGAUGGGGGGAAGCAGGGAAGGGGAUGGCGGGAAGCAGGGAAGGGGAUGGGGGGAAGCUGGAAAGGGGAUGGGGGUAAGCAGGGAAGGGGAUGGGGGAAAGAAGAGAAGGGGAUGGGGGGAAGCAGAGAAGGGGAUGGGGGAAAGCAGAGAAGUGGAUGGGGGGAAGCAGUGGAGGGGAUGGGGGGAAGCAGGGAAGGGGUUGGGGGGAAGCAGGGAAGGGGAUGGGGGGAAGCAGAGAAGGGGAUGGGGGGAAGCAGGGAAGGGGAUGGGGGGAAGCACGGAAGGGGAUGGGGGGGGAUGGGGGGAAGCAGAGAAGGGGAUGGGGGGAAGCAGGGAAGGGGAUGGGGGGAAGCACGGAAGGGGAUGGGGGGAAGCACGGAAGGGGAUGGGGGGUAGCAGGGAAGGGGAUGGGGGACAGCAGAGAAGGGUAAGGGGGGAAGCAGAGAAGAGGAUGGGGGGAAGGAGGGAAGGGGAUGGGGGAAAGCAGAGAAGGGGAUGGUGGAAGCAGGGAAGGGGAUGGGGGGAAGCACGGAAGGGGAUGGGAGGAAGCAGAAAAGGGGAGGGGGGAAGCAGGGAAGGCGAUGGGGGGAAGCAGAGAAGGGGAUGGGGGAAAGCAGAGAAGGGGAUGGAGGAAGCAGAGAAGGGGAUGGGGGAAAGCAGGGAAGGGGAUGGGGGGAAGCAGGGAAGGGGAUGGGGGAAAUCAGAUAAGGGGAUGGGGGGAAGCAGAGAAGAGUAUGGGGGGAAGCAGAGAAGGGGAUGGGGGGGAAGCAGAGAAGGGUAUGGGGGGAAGCAGGGAAGGGGUUAG